GGAGAGAAAAAUAUUGAUAGCUACUGGCCUGCCUUUAAGAUCAGGAAGAACUAUAAGGCGGCUGAUGGAAGAAGAGCAACGAGUGGACUUGCCUCACAAAUAACGUAAAAUGAAUGUAGAUAUUUUAAAUAGCAAGUACAAAGUUGUAAGCAAAUACUUUGUUGGUAAGACUGUUAUGGAUGAAAGUCUCUCUGAUUUCAAGGAGAAGAAAAGUUUUAAAGUAAAGAAUAAUAAAGCGCCUCCUGCCAAGCCUAAAGCCAAAAAGGUAAAACAAGUCAAAGGCCAGAAGGAUAUACGGGCUGUGUUGAAAGCCAAAAAGAAUGAGCUAAUUGCUUACUCUGAAGAUUUUGACGCUGUAUGCAAGAAAUCUGGCAUUGAUGUAGAUUCUGAACAGCUCCAGCUAGCUAUAGCUCUGUCAAAAUCACUACAAACAACAGAUUCUGUUGAUAGUUCAAGCUCAAGUUCAAAAUCUUUGACAACUCAACAAAGGACAGGACUCAUACGCACAACUUUAAAAGAGUAUGGAUUUAGAGUUCCUGAAAAGCCAACGACAAGUAGGAAAACCAAGAAACGAAGAAAACCUUACAAGUUGCUUUUGACAAGCGAAGAAGAGAAACAACAAAUAAUAUCUGAUAGGUACUCACAGCUACUUUUUGAGUUAAAUAACUUGGAAAGUACAUCUUGUGAUAAAGAUUUAGUUUUACCUAAUUUAUUUAUAUACAACAUGUCUACUAAUAUAGAAUAUGAAAAUAUUAAGGAUGAUGCUAUAUUUUAUGUUGAGAAUAUUAUUGAAGAAUCACCAAAUAGUAUGGGAUGCUUGUUGAAAAAUUGGUCUGAUAUACCCGGUAGACCGUCAAGCCCAGAUGUGAACAGAUCUGAACUAUUGUUUUCAGAAGUGGAAUGCUCUCAGGAAGAAUUAGAUAUUGUUCUUAGUGGACCUUUAAAAAAUAGCAAAGAUAUUUUUAGAAAGAAGAACAUGUUGAAAGAUAGGGGAAGGAGCCCAGUUAAAACAAAUAUUUGUAAAACAGUGAUAGAGUUUAGUCCAGAAUUUGUAAAAGAUAAUACAGGUCAUCAAUCUCCAGUGUUUAUAGCAGGAACUAGUGCCAAUGAAGUAACUAACGCUGAUGAUCAUAAAUAUUUAACAAAUGUAGGGAAUAGAGAAGAGAAACAUUUACCGAUGGCAACACAGCCAAGUAGAAGUUUAUCCCCUGACUUAUUUGAUGAUGAAGAUGACACAGUAGUUGAAAUACCAAAUGAAACAGUGACAGAAACUGAUACUGAAACUGCAAAUAAUUUUACAAAACAAGCCAGUGAAGUCAUGGACUUGACUGAAUGUAUUAAUGCCCAAAAAAAUAUGUAUAACAUUAGCAAUAUGAAAUCACUCUCUCAGAUAUCACAACAAAUAAAUGUGACCAAAAGACAAUCUAAUGAUUUCAUGGAGAUGACAGAAUGUGUAGGAAGUUCUUCCCAACAUUUAAUGGAUAAGAUUGAUGAAGAAAUAGAUUUAACAGGACCCUGUGAAAACAUUUUUACAACAGUAAAGAAUAGUACACAUGUUGGAAAUGCAGUACUUAUAGAAUGUGAUGGUGAUUCUCCUCUACUUAUAAGGAAGGAGGAUGAUAAGCAUAUAGAUUUAACUGCAGAAUGUGAAAAAAAUACAGAAACAGAAAAAAAUAUUAAAAGAUCAUGUACAAAAAAUUUACAAAUGACAAAUACAAUUAUUUUUUUAGAAGAUAGGACUGCUGAACAUAUUGAUUUAACUCAACCUAGUGUUGGUGAUAUGGAAAACAAAAAUAAUAGUGUAAAUGCUGAUAAUGUUGAACAUUUGGAUUUAACUCAGUCUUCAAACACAAGUGGUGAUUCAUUGCCCUUUGUUCAAGUUGGUGGUACACAAGCAGUACCAGAAAAAUCUCUAGAUGAUACAAUAAUAUUAAACGAAAAUGAUUAUCUAGAAACAAAAUCACCAGAAGAUAACAAGAAAUUACAUGUUAGUGAUGAUGAACAACUAAAUCAAGAACCAAACAUUGUGAGUCCAGGCCAUGCCAUUGAGAUCAUAUCACCAAAACAUAAAUCGGUAGUAACUCAUGAGGCUCAAAUAAUAAACCUUGAUGAAAGUGAAGUACCUGAAGUAAAUGAUGAUAAGGUAGAUUUAACACAAACAUCUGAUUCAAAUGAGGCUAACAAUAUUAGUCAAAAUCACAAUCAUAUAAAUAACAGUAGUCUCGGUAAAAAAGAUGAUGUGUCAGUAGACUAUGAUGAAGCUUUGGAAAACAUGAACUCUUUUCCAUAUUAUGAUAAUGAUACAAUUGUGACUGAAGAUCAUUUAGAAAAGUCUAAUGAUAAUGAAGCGUUUUCAAAUAGUAAAUUACUAGAACCCAGUAUCAAUUUAAAUUCUUCAGUGAUAAUGGCUAAUGAUAAUGAAGUGCUAUCACAUAGUAAAGUACAUGAACCCAGCAAUGAUUUAGAUUCUCCAUCUACGAAUAUAGACAAUUAUUUCGAUUUUGGUGGUAUUUCAGUAAUAGACAACCUACAUAGUUUCAAUAAUAAAUCAAGACAUACAAAUAGCUUACCAAAUGGUAGCAUGCGAGACAGUUUACCCAUGGUAGAUGUAAAAGGUUCGGGGAAACCUAAAUCUCCAUUGAAAUAUAUUAAUCCCGCUGAUCCUAUAAGUCAUAAGAGCUUAAAUGAAAAACCUAUUGAAGUUACAACACAAACUCCUAAAACCAAUGUUAACAAGCAUGUCAAUGUAGAAACACCAGAGCAAUCAGAAUAUAUCGUAAAAACUGAUAAUGUAACUCCAAUGUUAGAUUAUGCUUCAAUGUCUACUCCUGAGAGGAAUAGAGAAUUGGACAAAUAUGGACUGAAGCCAUUUAAACGGAAAAGAGCUAUACAACUUUUAACACAUCUGUACAACCAAACCCACCCAUAUGUUGAAUCAACCGAGGAAUUGCCAUCGCCAUCCAAAAAGCGAAGAACAGAAAACUUAAGCCAGCCUUCACCUUCUAAAUCUUCCAGUAGUACAUCUAUAUCACUACGAAAAGCUACAAAAUCACCAAUAAAAGCUAGUAAAUCACCAAGAAAAAGUGAAGACGGAAAUUUAAAUAAUUCAGAUAAAGAAAAUGACUUGUUCAUGGUGACAAGAGAAUUACCUGUCAUUAGAAAUAUAGAGUGUGAUGCAGAUGACUGGGUCUUCCAGAAACGAGAGAAAGCUAAGCUCCAAACAUGCCGUGUACCUUUACACAUAGCAUUCCACAACUACGUAUCGUGUCGACUUCGAUUGCAUGAAGCCAUCCUCCGCUAUGAGCCCGUCAACAUAGACGUCAUACACAAGGAACUGGCUGCCAGCGGGCACCGGUAUGACCCCAAGGAUCUUCUAAAAUUCCUGGACAAGAGGUGCAUCACAGUGAAAACGGCUGAUAAUACUAAAACCAAUAAGAGGUACUAGUGAUUUCAAUUAUUUAAAGACAAUCAUGUGUUAAUUUUAAACCAAGUUGAACUUUGCUGUGAGAUAAUAAGGUUUAUUAUUUAAUAAUACUAGUUUUGUAAAUAGAUAUUGCGUAUUUUUUGAGGAGAAUUAUGUACUCUAUUUGUAUAAUUAUAAUUAAAAACUGUAUUUUUGUGCAGAGUAUUAACUAAGGACAUUGAAAAGUGGCCAAUCAUGUCACUAUGACCAUGAAUACUAAGUGCCACUUGCACCAAUCACUAACUCGGUGUUAACCGGUUAAACCCAGAGUUACCAUGGUUACAAGUACAAUUUGACACUGGGUUAAUGGUUUAACCUAUUAACCCCGGGUUAGUGGGAUUGGUGCAAGUGGGCCUAAGAGGCCUAAAAGUAGUGCAAAAUAAUGGCGCUGUAUUGCUCUGUAGGUUAUUAACGUUAGUAGUUGAGCAAAUCUUCUAUUAUCGAGGCAUUAAAGAGCAUGUUUAGAUAUUUUUGAACACUUCAACCGCUCUGAUACAUGCAUGCAUGGCGAAUGUACUUUCAACCUGUUUUUACAAGCGUUUUAUUAUGUGUACGGGUCAAUUUUGGAAGCAAAAUUAGUCCCACUUCUAGAUUUCCGAUUGAACUGUAAAUUUGCAUGCAUAUGUAAGUCGGGUGACAAUGCAAUAUUAUGGUACCAUCAAGCUGAUCUGAUGCUGGAGACGCGAAGUGGUCCUGGGAACUCUGUGAUACAAAGCAACCUAAUUGUGUUUGGGGUUUUUAGAAUUUUCUCGAUAGGUAUUUGUGUUGUCUGUGGAAAGAAAAGCACAGUCAGCGACAAAAGCUUGUAACAAAAAUAAAUUUUUGCCAAAUGGUUAAUUUAGGUUAUUAAAACUGCGGCUAUAAAAUGUGCACUACUUUACGAGUCCUAAGUAUUCGUCUUAUUCAUAACCAAAGAGAAUUCGAAAUAGAGCUGGAUUCUCAAAGAAAACUUUGUAGCCACAGUAAAUUUACUGCCAUCUUUCGACACAUGAUUAAAAAUUUUGAACGGCAUUUGACUUUGAUCCUUAUAUUCUUUCACUGAUAUAUGUAAAAUUUAACUUGUUAAAUAACAGAAAGUGGCGCCAUCUAAUAGAUCAAUGGCCAAA